CCUCUGGUAUCUGCAUCUGUAGCGCGGGCUGCGCUGCACCUCGUGAAAAUUCUCUCAGCGCCAGUGCUGCUUUGCGAUAGAUCGCCCGCUCCCGUUGGAGCGUUUUUGCAGACAGAGCACAGCCUUUGAUUCUCCCUUCGCCCAGGGGAACCGCUUUCCGCUCCUCCCUUUUCCUCAGAUGUCCACGGUUGAGAAGUCCACAUUUUUCGUCGUUUGCUUUCCCAAUUCGGAAACAGCCGACCUCCCGGCGCGAAAAAGUUCAAAAGCCAAGUGGCGCCGGCGUGCGGUGCGUGUACCAGAGAGAGCCGGUUUGUUUUUUCUUCUCUGCCACCACUCUCUGCGGCAUUUCCUCUCUUCUCUCCUCCGGACCUCGAAUUGUCGAAAGAACGCCGAGGAACACCGUGUUGCCAUCGAACACCUGGGUUUCUGCACUUCUUCCUCCUGCUGAAACUUCCCCUCUCGAGAAACACUCUGUGUGCUGUCGUUUUCUGCCGCGGCCGACUCCACAUUUCACUCGUGAAACUCUGACUUUCCUAGUUGUUGUCGACGUCUCCCUCGUCCCUUUUUUCUGUCGAUUCGGGCGCUUAUCGCGUCCGGUGAGCUGCGCGGUUUAAACUGCUUCCCCAUCUCUUCGAAUUCCUGUUCCGACACGGUCUCCACUUUACCCCGGACUUUUGUUUGCUGGGGCUUCGACGUUACGACGACUUCUCCUGCAAGGAAACCUGGAGCCGGUCUUGUGAUUCUUCGACGAAAAUGUCGAUUCCCAAGCGUAUUGAGAAGGAAACGCAGAACCUCGCCAGCGAACCUCCGCCUGGCAUCACGGCGCAACCAGAGCCGAACAACUACCGUCACUUUAAAAUUCUCAUGGGGGGACCCGUCGGGACGCCCUACGAAGGCGGCCAGUAUAAACUCGAGCUCUUCCUUCCUGAGGCGUACCCCAUGGAACCGCCCAAGGUUCGUUUUCUGACGAAGAUCUACCACCCGAACAUCGACGCACUUGGGCGGAUUUGCCUGGACAUUUUGAAGGACAAGUGGAGCCCCGCUCUGCAAAUCCGCACCGUCUUGCUCUCCAUCCAGGCGCUCCUGUCGGCUCCCGAGCCGGACGACCCUCUUGACACGCGCGUCGCGGACCACUUCAAAAACAACCGCCAAGACGCCGAACUUAUGGCGCGUCAGUGGAAUGAGAUGUACGCGGGACAACAGUCGAUUGUGAUCGACUAGAAGAGUCAGCUCCUCGUCUUAAAAGACGUCAUCUCUUUGUUUUUUUUUCUCUGCCUCUCCGCCUUGCUGUUUUUCGCGUCUGUUGCCAGUGUGGCUGUUUCGUAGGACAGCGGUCUCUGCUUGUUUUCCGUUUCGUGUUGUCUUGAAGGAAUCGAUCAGUUCCGGUCGGUUUCCCUGUCUCUGGCUGCUUUGUUUCAAAACGUGCAAUGACUCGUGUAUCGGCUCUUCGGAAUCUAACUUUCUCGACA